AUGAAACAACCAGAUGCAAAUUUUGAAGGACCAUCACUGUUUCCCAGUGACCCUAUAAAGAAGGAGUUUGCAGAGGAACUAAUAAAGUAUGUUGAUACUUUUACCAAAGAUGUAUUUGGGUCAUUCAAGGGAGAUCCUAUAACACAAACCAGGGCUUCAUUUGAUUAUGUGGAGAAUGCACUUGGAAAAUUUGAUGAUGGACCUUUCUUCCUUGGAGAAUUUAGUUUGGCGGAUAUUUCCUACAUUCCAUUCAUUGAAAGGUUCCAAAUUGUCUUCUCUGAAGUGUUCAAGUAUGAUAUCACUUUUGGAAGACCAAAACUGGCAGCAUGGAUUGAGAACUUGAACAAUAAAGAUGCUUAUAAGCAAACUGUUCCGAUUAAAGAUGAAGAAUUGUAUUCAAUGGCAGCAGCAGGUGUUAGGAUUCCACCCUUGACAUCUACUUCCGAACCACCUCCUCUUUUCGAUGGAACUACGAGACUGUACACAAGUUAUACAAGCCCUUAUGCACAACGUGUAUGGAUCGUUAUGAAUUAUAAGGGGCUACAAGACCAUAUCGAACUUGUUCCCAUCGAUCUUCGGGACAUGCCUGCAUGGUAUAAGGAGAAAGUCUACCCUGGAAAUAAGGUGCCAUCUUUGGAACACAAUGGCAAGGUUUUGGGAGAAAGUCUUGAUUUGAUAAAAUAUGUUGAUGCCAACUUCGAAGGGCCAUCUCUAGUUCCUAGUGAUCCUGCAAGGAGAGAAUUGGGGGAGCAGUUGAUAUCUCUCAUUGAUCCAUUGAUGAAGGAUUUCUACGCUUCAUUCAAAAGAGAAGAUCCUAUGCAGCAAGCUGGUGCUUCUUUUGAUUAUUUGGAGAAUGCUCUUGGAAAAUUUGAUGACGGGCCCUUUUUUCUUGGUCAAUUCAGUUUGGUGGAUGCAGCCUAUGCUCCAUUUGUUGAAAGGUUACAAAUUACCUUUUCUGAGGUAUACAAGAAUGAUAUCACAGCUGGGAGGCCUAAACUAGCCACAUAUAUUGAGGAGCUGAAUAAAGUUGAUGCUUAUAAACAGACCAAGGUUGAACCGCCCCAGGAAUUUGUUGAAGUUUUCAAAAAAUGGCUUUUGGCACAUUCAUCAAAGAGCAUUUGA